AUGUCAGAUGUCAACCAACAACAACUUCAAUCUUUGGUGUUAUCAGCAGAAUUAAAUUCUGAAAAUGAAAAUCUUGAACAAUUAGGUCCAAUAAUUAAAUCUAUAUAUGAUACUGGCACGCAAGAAGCUUUCUUGGACCAAUUAUCAAUUUUUGUAAGGAAGAAAGAAGGUGAAAUAGAGAGAAUGUGCAAUAGCAAUUAUCAGGAAUUUGUUCAAUCUGUGGAUCAAUUAUUAAAGGUAAGGCAAGGAACGGUUAAUCUUAAAAACAAAAUCAUCCAUUUAAAUGAUGACCUUCACAAUUCAGGAAUAAAAGUAGCAGCAAAGAAAAAAGAACUUAUUCAAACCAGAAGAAUUCAAAAAAAUAUUGAUGAAGCAGUUGAGACACUUCAAUUAUGUUUACAUAUUCUUGAUCUUGCUAAUAGAGUCACUCAUUUAAUUGAAAGCAAAAAAUAUUAUUCAGCUUUGAGAACACUAGAAGAAUUACAAAAUGUUCAUCUAAGAAAAGUGAUACAAUAUGAAUUUGCUAAACAUAUGCAGGAAUCUAUACCUGCAAUGCAAAAUAAUGUUAAAGAUGCAGUGACCAAGGAAAUGAAAGAAUGGUUAUUUAAAGUAAGACAAGAUUCUAGACAAGUUGGAAAAAUUGCAAUGGAACAAAUGAGACUACGUCAAGAGCGUUGGUCUAAUAAAUUAGCUCAAAAUCCAAAUUUACGCGUUGUUCCUGUAAGUUCACCUAUAGAAGUAGUUAUGAAUGAAGAAAAUGAAUUCAAUAUAAUAAAUAAUGAUCAUGUCCAGAUUGAUUUUAAACCAUUAUAUCAAUGUUUACAUAUUUAUGAGGAACUUGGAAAAAGAAAUGAAUUCAAAACCAAUUAUGAAGAAGAUAGAAAGGCACAAGCAAACUUGGUCCUAUCGCAGUCCUUUUCCUUGAAAGCAGGUCGAGAUAAUGGUGGAUUUGAAGCCUUUCUUCAAGAUGUAAUUGGAUUUUUUAUAAUAGAACGUACAAUUGUAUAUUCUACACAAAAUUUCCGAUCUCAAACAGAUGUUGAUAAUUUGUGGAAUACAGUAAUGAUUAAAGUUGUGAAAAUUGUUUCAGAUAGUUUAGGUGAUUGCCAUGAUCCAGAUUUAUUUUUAAGAAUUAAACUUGCUUUAUUUACUUUCAUCCAAACUCUUGAGGAUUAUGAAUAUAAUGUUCUUAGCUUUACUGAUUUGGUUCUUACUGUUUUCCAAAGAUAUUCUGAUUUGCUUAAACAUAAAUUUUCUAAAGAUUUUCAACAAACACUUCUUAUUGAUGAUUAUAUGCCAAUGCAAAUCACUAAUCCAGAAGAAUAUGCUGCUGUAGUUGAUACUUGUUGGUUUAAAGAAGAUCACAGGAUUACAUAUCCAUGUUGUUGUUUGGAUAUCAAAAGUUUUAUUAAUCAAUAUUAUGAAUUUGCUGAAGGUGAUGCAAGACGAUAUAGCUAUGUUGAUGAUAUUGCAAAACAGACAUUAGAUAUUUUAUUAAUAGAACAUCUUAAUCAAGUUUUGUAUGAUAAAUUGCAAAGCACAAAUAUGUCACAGAUUGUUCAAAUUAUUAUUAAUCUUGAAUAUUUAGAAUAUGCUUGUGUAGAGAUUGAAAAGUUAUUGAAAUCCAAAAGAUCAUCCCAUCGAGGAGGAAAAAUUAAAUUGAAUGCAUUAGAACAUUUUCGUGAGACUCGAAAAAAAGCUGAAAAACGUAUUUAUGAGCUUGUGAAUUUCAAGAUUGAUGAUUUUUUAGAAAUAGCCGAUUAUGACUGGGAAACUGAUUCAAUUCAAUCACAUCCUAGUUCAUUUCUUCAAGAUAUGAUUGGAUUUUUAGGGGCAGUUAUUAGUUCAACAUUAUAUAAUCUUCCAAUGACAAUUAAAAUAUUCAUAUAUCUGGUUGCAUUAAGUCAUUUAUCAACUUCUUUACGUAAUUUAAUUUUAAGUCCUGAUGUUAAAAGAAUUAAUUCAAAUGCUAUAGCAAAUUUUGAUGUUGAUGUUAAUUUUUUAGAGCAGUUUGCUCAAAGUCUUGAAGAUCCACAAAUAGCUGAUGCAUUCAUAGAAUUAAGACAAAUUGUUACCUUACUUCAAUCUGAAAAUAUAGAAGAAUAUUUAAAUCCUUCUACAAGGAACAAAAAAUAUUCUGGAUUAAAACCAUCUGACGUUAUAAACUUAUUUGAAAAGUGGUUACGUGAUCAACCGUCAUUAUCAAUGACACCAGAAGAACGUGCUAGAAAACGUGCUAUGGAAGGUGUAGUAAGAUCAUUAAGAGCAUCAAU